AUGUUCUGUCAAAUCGCCGUUGUUUUGUGCGCAGUCGCCUACGCAAGUGCCGGAAGUGCAACAAGCUACACCGCAGUUUCACGGCCACAUUCAGACAGCUAUAAAUAUGCAAUCGACCACGACCACUACGGACACUGGUACGGCGAGUCGCAUCCUCACGGUGCCGGAGGACUUGGCAAAGGGCACGGGACUUACUUACUCGGAGGAGGUCACGGCGUUGUUGCUAAAGGUGGUUACGGUGCCGCUUACGGUUACGGCCACGCUACCAGUUACCAGAACCAUAAUCAGCACCACAAAUCGUACGGCCAUGAUCACUACGAGCUGAAACCCGUUUAUGGCGGAGUUUAUUCGCACUACGUUGUCGAAGACGAGGACCACGACCAUUAUUACAAACCGACUAGCUAUCAGAACCAAAAUCUUUACGCGUACGGCUACCAUGGCUACGGAGAUGAGGGAUACGGCGAUGCCAGCUACGGAGAUUUUGGCUACGGUGAUCACGGCUACGGCGAUCAUAGCGACGAUGGAUAUAAAUUCGAAGAUCUUGAAUUUGACGGCUUAGAAGGCUAUUAUCACGGUCUUUACUAA